AUGGCCGAAGAAGCUCCAUCAAGCUCCAGUUCAUUACCUCCGUUUCUUGCAAAGACUUACGAGAUGGUAGACGAUCCUUCAACGGACACUGUCGUUUCGUGGAGUCGAAAUAAUAGAAGUUUCAUCGUCUGGAAUCCUCCGGAAUUUUCGAGAGACCUUCUGCCGAGAUUCUUUAAGCACAACAAUUUCUCCAGCUUCAUUAGGCAGCUCAACACAUAUGGUUUCAGAAAAGUUGACCCCGAACAGUGGGAAUUUGCAAACGAUGAUUUUGUCAAGGGUCAGCCCCAUCUCAUGAAGAACAUCUACAGACGAAAGCCUGUUCACAGCCAUUCGGCACCUAAUAUACCCGCUCCACCUCCGUUAACUGAAGCCGAAAGGAAAAAAUAUAAAGAUGAUAUUAACCGCCUGAGAUCCGAUAAAGAAGCACUUAACAAAGAAAUUCAGAGAUAUAUAGAACAGCAACACGAUCUCAAAUCGCAAAUGAGAUUGUUAACCGAUCGUGUACAGAAUGUCGAACAGAGCCACUCGACUAUGUUAUCCUCCUUGGCCUGCACUCUACGCGGGCCCACUUUUUCCUUUGAUCUUAUGCAGCCAGUCGAAGCCCAUGAUCGAAAGAGAAGGUUCCCAGGGAGCAUUUAUUUACACGAUGAGACGCACGCAGAAGGUUCGGUUGAGAAUUUGGACGAAACUGCCCUUUUGACUUUGAACAGGGAAAUGAUAGAGCGGUUAGAGUCCUCUAUGGUGUUCUGGGAGAAAAUGGUGACAGGUAUUGGAGAAAGCCCGGGCCCGGACCAAACGAAUUCUUCACUGGAGUUGUUGGAGUGUGGGCCCAGCCCGUGCAUAUCGUACACCCAGCUGAAUUUAGAUGAUGCUGAUGGGUUAAAAAUGUCCGAAAUCGACAUGAAUUCAGAACCUAAAACGGGCUUUGAUUCGGAGGCUACGGCUGAGGAACAACAGCGGGCUAGUGGGAAGACGGGGGUUAAUGACGUGUUUUGGGAGCAGUUUCUCACAGAAAAUCCCGGUUCGAACGAUACUCACGAGAGCAAGAAAAAUGAGACUAAACCAGGAGAUCACGGGCCGUAUUGGUGGAGCUCGAGGAGUGUGAGUAACCUCGCGGAGCAAUUAGGCCAUCUUACUUCGGCUGAGAAGACUUGA